AUGGUAACACAUUUUCUAAUAAAAGACCAUCACCAAAAUAAACUCUUUCGCGGAAUCAAUCAGUCCAGGGUUUGGUUGGGAGAUGGUAUCGAGGACAACGUUGAGAGCGACCACAAGAGCUCAGGUAAGCUACAGGUGCUCCCUUUGGAUAUGGAGGUGGAGACACUGACUAGAUUACCUGGAAAGGCUCUUAUGAAGUUCCUAUGCGUGUCUAAGAGCUGGUCUUCCAUCAUCCGAAGCCAAAGCUUCGUAGAUUCUUACUACGCUAUGUCCUCUGCUACAAGAUCACGGUUUAUAAUCGCUUUCACCAACUGUGUACUAGCCGAGGUCGUACUAGCCAAGGUUGAUGUCGAGCGUUUGUUCAUCUUCUCGUCUUCACACGAGGGGGAUGAAACUUCUUCUUUGGUUGCAAAUCUAGACAUGACAAUACCUUCAGUGACCUUAGCUCACGGCUCCAAAUGUACUUCCGUCCACGGCUUUGUCGGUUGUUGCCAUGGUUUUAAGUUCACUAUAUGUAACCCUAGCACAGGACAAGCCAUCACCUUUCCAUGCAAUGGAGCUCGCACAUCCUUGGGAUACGAUCCUCUCCAUGAUCAAUUCAAAGCAUUGACACUAGUGACACCUCCUAACGGCCUGAAUCAAAGUUCUCUAGUGCACGAGGUUAUAACACUUGGAGGAGGAGGAGUAGUGUCCCGCAAGCAAUUCACCUCUUUGCCUCAUUACCCUAUGACUAAGGGAAUAUGCAUCAAUGGUUUCUUGUAUUAUGGUGCUUGGACUUCAGGACUAGGAGGAACCACUCCGGUGUUUGUGUGUUUUGAUGUUAGACAUGAGAGUCUAAGUUUCAUCACAACCCCUAAGGAUUUCCUGGUUUGGGAAGGUCACUUAGUGUUGAUCGAAUACAAAGGGAAGCUAGCUUGCAUUGUAAAGGAGUACCCUUUGAAACAUUUCAACAGUUUUGAUCUGUGGAUACUAGAGGAUAUGAAGAAACCUGAGUGGUCCAAGCAAACAUUUUUGCUUCCCUUCUCUUUUGGGAUUGCUAAAUAUGUAACUUCACAGGGAACCAACAAGGCUGGUGAAAUCAUUUUCUCUUCAACAACUCUGCCACUUCAAGGGGUUCCUUUCUACAUUUACUACUACAACACAGACAGCAAAGACUUGAGAAGAGUGCAGAUCCACGGAAUCACAGAUACCCAGUUUGGGGGCCCUUUUGGACUCACAGGUGCUUGUUGCCUCUCUUUAUCACCCCAACACGUUGACAGUGUUGCCUAUUUAUAA